CUCCUCGCUCGGCUCCUCGUGCAGGUGAGGAUCAUCCAGGAGCGCCUUCUGGAGAACAGGAGCGACGGAUCUGUGCAGAAGGCUGAAGGGACUGGCGGGCCCGACAUAAAAAGCAAACUCCACAUUGCGUCCAUAUGGCUGAGCCCAAUUUCCCUCCGCUGCCUGGAUUCAUUCCACUCAAGCCAUGCUUCUAUCAAGACUUUGAAGAAAUCCCUGAGCAGCACCGCAGCAUGUGCAAGAAGAUGUACCACCUGUGGAUGCUGAACGGUGCUACGCUUGCCGUCAACCUCAUUGGCUGCUUUGCUUGGAUGUUUGGUGGUGGUGGUGUGACUAAUUUCGGACUGGCCAUCAUCUGGCUCCUGAUGUUCACUCCUUGCUCUUACGUCUGCUGGUUCAGGCCCAUCUACAAGGCCUUCAAGAGUGACAGCUCCUUCAACUUCAUGCUGUUCUUCUUUGUGUUCAUGGCCCAAGUUGGCAUCAGCAUCAUCCAGAGCAUCGGCAUCCCGGGAUGGGGAGUGUGCGGUUGGCUGGCCACCAUCUCCUUCUUCAGCUAUAAUAUUUUCAUUGCACUCAUCAUGCUGGUCCCCACAGUCAUGUUCACCGCUGUGGCCUCGCUGUCCUUCAUCGCCCUCACCAGGAUCCAUAAUUUCUACCGUGGCAGUGGGGCCAGCAUGUCCAAGGCUCAGGAGGAAUGGACCACCGGAGCCUGGAAGAACCCCCACGUCCAGGCGGCGGCCCAGCAGGCCGCCAUGGGGGCCGCCGCCGGGGCCAUGCAGGAGCAGUACUCCAGCCCGCAGUACAACGACAACCAGAUGUAGCGCCUUCGAAACAGGAAACCAAGAAGGUGUCAAAGAAGUGACAUGACCAUCAUGCCAAAACCUCAACAACAGGAUA